AGGGCCAAAUGUGUGCGGUUCAACAGGGCUCCAGUGCUGUCAUGGGUGGACUCUCAGCGGGGGAGGCAAAAUGUGCCUCAUACCCACCUGCCAAGGCAAGUGUGGAGCUCUGGGCACAUGUAUCAAACCAGGCCUGUGUAGAUGCCAGGACACGUCUCUGCGCCCAGUCUGUCCUGAACAAGCAGCAGGAUUGCCAAUUGAUGACGUCAUGAAAAAGUCACGUCCAGGCCUAUGCCAGAGCCACCGUGGCCUGUGUCACCACCACUGCACGGACACGCCAGAUCAAGGAUUCCAGUGCUCCUGUAGGCGUGGCUACAAGCUUAUGGCCAACCACAGGUCUUGCCAGCGUUUUCGUCCUGUUGUGGACAUGCGCCGCCGUGUUUGGAGGGGUAUGCAGAGUGUGGCAGGACGCAGAAAGGGAGAAGCAAGGAAAAACAUGAGAAUGUCACACUACAGAAAGAUGAAGGAACGUUUUCAAGAUGGCCUGAAACAUCAUAAAAGUGAAAUGAUACCUGAGAAGGGGAUAUAUAAAAGUACAAAGACAGAGUCUACGCCUAAGGAAUUAGAAAGUUUGUACUCAGUUCUAAAUAUAGAUGAUUCUAGCUCCAAGACAAGUUCUGAGGAAUCAAAACUGAGCAAGACUCAGGGGAAGCAGAAACGGCUUUCUAAAGACACCCAUGUAAAAGUUUCUGAAGACUCCCAUCUAAAAGAUAAAGAUUCAAAGACAUUUUUUAUGCCUCCGAAUUCAAAGACUUACAGAGAAGAAAAUGAGAAAGAUGUGAAGUCUAAGUCGUACAAAGAAGGGAAAGAUAGAGAUAUGUUGUCUAAGUUUGACAAAGAAGGGGAAAAUGAAGAUGUGAUAUCAAAGUCCUCAAAAGAAGAGAAAGAUUAUGUGAAGUCUAAGUCCCACAAAGAACAGAAAAAUGAAGAUGUAUCGUAUAUGUGGUACAAGGCAGAAAAAGAUGAAGAUGUGGUGGGCAAGUCUUAUACAGAAAAGAAAGAUAAAGAUGUGAUAUCAAAAUCAUAUGAAGAAGAAAAAGAUGCAAAUAUGAAGUCUAAGGCUUAUGAAGAAUUGAAAGAUAAACAUGUGAAUUACAAGUUUCAUAAAGGAAACAAAGAUGAUGUGAAUUCUAAGUCCUAUAAGGGAGAGAAAGACCUGAAGUCUCCGACUUAUAAAGAAGAGAAAGAUGAAGAAAUGAUGUCCAAGUCAUAUAAAGAAGAGAAAGAUGAAGAAAUGAUGUCCAAGUCAUAUAAAGAAGAGAAAGAUGAAGAAAUGAUGUCCAAGUCAUAUAAAGAAGAGAAAAAAAGAGAUGUGGUAUCUGAAUCUUAUAGAGAAGAGAAAGAUGAAUAUAUGAAGUCCAGGGCAUUUAUGAAAAAGACUGACAAAGAUAUGAGUUUCAAGUCUUAUAAAGAAAAGGGAGAUGAAGUGAAGUCUUACAAAGAAGAGAAAGAUAAAGAAGUGAUGUACAAUUCUGAUACGGAAGAGAAAGAUGAUGUUAAGUCAAAGUCUUAUAGGGAAGAGAAAGAUGAUGUGAAGUCAAAGUCUUAUAGGGAAGAGAAAGAUGAUGUAAAGUCAAAAUUCAAAAGAGAAGAGAAAGUUGAAGAUGUGACGAACAAGUCUGAAAAAGAAUGGAGAGAUGAUAUGAAGUCAAAGUCCUAUAAAAAGGAGAAAGACGAUGUGAAGUUAAAGUACUAUAAAGUAGAGAAAGAAGAAGAUAUGUUGUACAAGUUUCAUAAACAAGGGAAAGAUGAAGAUAUGAAGUCCAAGUCCUACAAAGAAGAGAAAGAAGAAAAUCAGAAGUACAAGCCUUAUACAGAAGAAAAAGAUGAUUUAAAGUCAAAGUCCUAUGAAGAAGAGAAAGAAGUUGUGAAGUCAAAGUCCUAUAAAGAGGAGAAAGAUGCAGAUGGUAUGUACAGUUCCUAUAAAGAAGGGAACGAUGAUCUGAAAUCAAAGUCCUUUAAAGAAAACAAGACUUAUAAAGAUGAAAAUGUGAAAUUCGAGACCUAUAAAGAUGAGAAAAAUGAAAAUGUGAAGUCCAAGUCCAUUAAAGAAGAUAAAGAUGAAGUAAAGUCAUUGACCCAUAAAGAAGAAAAAGGUGAACACACCAAGUUUAACCUUUAUAAGGGAGGAGAAGAUACAGAUGUGCUGUCAAAAGCAUAUGAAGAAAGAAAAACUGACGAUGGAAUGUCUAAGUUUCACGAAGAAGAAGAACAUAUAGGUGAGAUGUCCAAGUCUUUCAACGGCGGCAAGGAGAAAGGUGUACCUCCGCUGAGUAGCAAUAAGAUGGACUCAAAGGACAACGAAGUUCAGAAAAAGAAAAAAGUUCCAAGUUAUACUUUCCCACCAUCUCAAAAGUUAGACGCUUCUCACAAGAAGCUGAAAAACGAAUCUCCAUUUCCACCAAAGCUUUUUGAGUUGGCUUCAUUGAGUUUACAAAACCAUGCAACCCUCAAAGUCAAAGAUUUUUCCCAGAAGGAGAAAGAAGAAAUUGGAAGAAUCAGUAAAGAGGAAGUGGAGAUAAAUAAACCUGCAGGAAAGAAAAUAGCAGCUCCUCCUUUAGUUCCCGGUGAGGCGGUCGAACGUCACAGUGAGAGAAGACACGCCAGUCUGGGGAAAAUCAAAAGCAGUAUGGACAAAAAUUAUGGCGCCAGUAAGUUUAAAUCUGGUUUUACUAGCAAGAAGAGUGAAUCCUCUGCUCAUCCAGAUAAGCCAGCAACUAUUCAGAUAGAUAAAGCUAGUUACCAGUCAGCCUGGGAAAAGUACAAGGAUAAAAUGAUGAGACGAAGGAAAAUGCCGUCGAAAAGUGUCACUAAGCCUGCGUUGAAAGAGAACCCACCACCCUUUGGAAUGUACAAAAGUAGCGUGCUUCAGCCAAGCUUCAAAACUGGCCCUCCUUCAAGAACGCAUGUGGGAGAUGGUGGUUUUGAACCCCCAAUUUUGAUGGCAAAUCCAGAAAGUCAAAAAUUGGCUGUGCCUCCAAUCGAAGUUGAAAAGAAGGCACACAAUUCUGCAUUUGAUGUUGGAAAGGACGGAAAAAGUAGUGAAAUUCUUUUGAAAUCUAUAGAGAAGAAAGGUCAGACAGAAUCGGUGACUUUGACAGAAGCCAAAGCAGUUCAUCAGGAGAAGGAAAAAAUGGUGAAACAAUACUUUACGAAGCGUAAACCCCAGCCUGAUAAUAAGAAAAGUCUUCACACACCCUCGGACACCAAAAAUGUUGAUGCUAAAAAUGAGCAUAACUUUGAAAAGGGGAACCUACAAAAGUCGUUUGCCAAAGAGCCGGACACAAAGUUCUCGGUUGCCAAAGAAGAUAAAUACUUUAAGGAAAAUUUAAAGGAAAUGGCUGCCAAAUUAGUGGAAGAAAAGAUAGCCGGACAGGCAGACGACAAGGCUGCCAUGUGGGCAAAGGAAAAAAGUUCUAUAUCAGACCAUAGAACGACCUCUGAUAAAAGAGCUCCUAACAAGGAUCUUCCAGUCGCUUUCAAAGGGAGGGAAAUGUUGGACGUCAAGGACAUAGUAACGGGUGAAUGGGAUCAGGAAAAACACAAAAUGAUGAUGAAGGAAAUAAAGUACUCAGAUGAACAUGAUGCCAAAUAUUUUGAAAGAAAAUUUUCUGAUGCCUCAAAGCAGUCAUCUGAGGAUAAGAUGCAAGCCGAUGACAGUUUUCUGCAGGGAGAAGAAAAACAGCUUCAGUCAGGCAAACAUGACAGCAAAGUCAAAGAAGUUUCUCAUGAAAGACACGUUGACGUGGAACCUAGGAAUGCCGUUGUUAGCGACGAAAAGGGUUCAAAACCAGAAAAAGUUUCUGACGAAACGAAGUUAAUCUUCGAAAAAUCUGAAAAAGAGUUGUCCGCAGCAUCCAAUAAUUUGAAAGUCUCGCAGCUUUCUCCUGAGCAAACACGACAAGAUGUAGGAGCACAGAGGACAUUAAGACAGCCAGAAGGCUCGGAGAAUGUGCACAGAGAACCGUUGGAUCAACAGAACAAAUUACAACUGAGGGCUAAAAUGUUGGCAAAUAUGAGAGCUCAGUUUUCAGAUCCCAGAAUGGCGUCCCUCUUGACUGCUCUUCGGAAAGCCAAGUCUCAGUCGAACCCAAAAUUUUCCAGCAAAGAUGGUGAGAAGAAAAAUGAAAAAUACAACUUUGAUUCAAAAAAGAAACCUAGCCAAGAUCGGAGUGCCAAUGGUAAAGAUCUGGAUUCCUCCCUUGCAGCUAAGACAAGUACCGCACUUUUCGCCAAGCCAAUGGAAGAAAGCAAGAAAGAACCCAAGAAGGACCAUGGUAUUUAUGAUCAGUCAAAACUGCACCCUUCAAAAUUUGAUACUGAUGAAAAAGUUGAACUUCUAUUUGAACGCAAAUCGAGAAAAGAAAUCCACCCUGCUGUUGGUCCUGAACUCUCCACCAUGCAAACAGUGGCUCCAACAGAGGUGCCCCCUGCAGUCCCUAGUGCAACUGUUCCGCACAAAAAAGGUUCUGUUGAUAAAGAAACUCUUCAAAAUAAUUCAAACUUUCCUUUGUCUGAAGGAGUGUCUUCAGUGUCUUAUUUAGAACCAACAUCUUUCACCAUGACCCCAAAAAUCUCAAAGGACACAAACCAUGAUGGGGUUGUGGAGACGGAGAAAACAGUGUUGGCUCCAUUAAAUGUUAAAGGCGUUGACAACAGUGGUGUUAAAAAUCCUAGUGCUAAACAGAAGCAGUAUGAUCAAGUACAGAAGAAGAUUGUUGGAGGAAGUUUCCGUGCCCCCGUAUUGUCGCCAAGUGAAGGAAGACUUCCAGGCCUAGUUAAAGAGAGUUCCGGAAUCUCUAACAUACCCCAGCGACCAACUACUAAUCAGCUGAUCACACCGCAGAAAAAGCAAACAGAAGGGACUGGCUUGGAAAACCACUCCUCAAAAGAUGCAGCCAAAAACAAGAAACAAAGGAAGACUUUGUAUGAUAUUUCAGUAAAGAUGGACCAUUCUGGACCAGUAGACAUUUAUGACAGAUCUGUGGAUAACGGUCGGCAUUUAGAGGGGGAAACUCACGGAAUGGGGACCAGCAAAUACAACAAUCGGAAUGAUGCAGACACAUUGAGAAAAGUAGAACCCCCACAAUGGAGUGUUGGCCAAGAAGGAGCUGCUCUGAAGGAAGACCGUCUGUCUGUGGGCGAGGAACGGGAGACCUAUUCUAAUUCCAAGAAAGGAGGACAGCACCUGAGGUCGAAAGAUUUUUACGAGGAAAACGCUUUACCACAAACUGGCUUGAAGACUAGACGUGGGGGUUUUGAGAUUCAAAUUGAGAGAAAGCUGGAGAUUGUGAAGGACCCUGAGUCCAUAGUUCCGGAAGACGAAGUUCCAGUGAAGAAAGACAAGGAAACCUCUGAAGAUGAAGAUGAGUCCCUAAAACAUAACCUGAAUAAAGAGGCUGACACAGAAGUUGUAAAUAAAUUGACUGAAAAGAGGGCUCUGAAAGGCAACGGGCUUCCCCAUACUUUCACUCAAGAUAACCUAAACAAAUUAAAAAAACAGGAGGAUGUGUCUCUGAAGAGCUUAUUACACACAGCGCUACCCGGAGCAAAGAAUAAGCUCGAAGAUGCCAAGAUACAAAACGUGGUAAAAGACCCUUACAAGCAUUUAAUAUUGUCUCCCAAUAAAAGAGUUCAGAAGAACAAAGGGAGCAGGGUUCAUCGUCGCAUGAAACCUACACCAUUCCCUCUUUUCACAAAAGGACCAAAAUCUUUCAACUUCGGAGGAAGCGAUAGUGAGCGAAUUGUCCACAAGCAACCGCACUUUUUGCCAACGGUUCUGGGUGCGAAGCAGGAAAGUUUCGGUUUUUGGGAGGAGGAGAUCAAACAGGACAUCCGGGAAGACGAGCGGUCAGAUGUAUUGUCAGAUGGAGACACUGAGGGGGCUCCGGGUUUGGCAGGAGACGGGAAUAGAUCUCGCGACUGCAGGGAUGACCAUUGCGUGGAUCCUGGUGACGACCCAAGCACCUUGUCUGCACCAGAUGGUCCACGGUACAAUCGAGGUCGACGCAUCCUGAACCAGUCCGAGAUUGUAUGCCCCGAGGGCUAUCGCCGGGCUCUGCGUGACAAGUACAUCGUGUGUAAGCCUCUGAGAGGUAGUGCUCGUGGCCAGGAGGAGAUCACCAGCCAGCUAUGUCCACCAGAGGAAGAUUUAGUAUCGCUGUCUGGGGGUCGAGUUGAAUGUGUUCCCAGUGUAUCUGGCCCUCACACAUGUGGCGAAGGGGAAGAACUGAUUGAGGAAGCUGGCCGGCGGAUGUGUAAGGCUCUUACGUCACAGAACCUGUGUCCUCCCGGGCAGGAGCUGGUGACCGUGGAUCAAGGUCAAGGUUACGAGUGCCGAUAUCCUGUGGAGGUGGAGGAGGUAGUCAAGCCUCAGUCGCCGAAACUUUCUCCUAAAGCUCCUUCCCGUUGCCCAGGCAACCAGCAGCUGAUCAAGACCCCGAUUGGUCCCAUCUGCCUUCCGGCCAAUUUCGCCACGCCCUCUCCUGGCAUUGACCUUUGCCCCUCGGGAAUGGUACCUCACUUGACCUCUAUUGGGGUCGUGUGCCAGUUCAAAGAGGAACCUCCAAAGCCGAUAAAAGUGAGCACUGAGGCACCGAGGGUCCCGGUUGGUGAGGGCCCUUGCUUGCCCGGGCAGACCCUGGUUCAGACGCCAGAAGGUCCCUACUGUGGCUUCCCACCUGAUCACAUGACCCAGGAGAUGGUGCGGGAGUGUGGUGAGGACGAAAUUUUGGUGGAUACACGAGCGGGCCUGGUCUGCAAGCGCUACGACUCCCUGACAACAUUUGAGAAUCCGUGCCCAAUGGGUCAAACGCUUAUCAAGACGAGGGCGGGAGAAAUUGAGUGCACAUUUUCUAAUGAUGUCAGUCAAGUGCCACGUUCAAGUAAAAGCCAAAAAAGUACGAUCUGUGCCGACGGGCAGGUUCUUCACGAGACUUCGAGAGGAUUCUUCUGUCAGUUUGUCGACUCGCAAGGCACACCAUUUCCUCGGUGUGCUAGGGGCCUUGUGCUGGCGAAGUCAAGCUCUAAGUUUGAGUGCAUCAGUGUGGUGGAGUCCCAGCUGAGGUGUUCCGAGGGGACACAGCUGGUGCGGAGGUCUGGAGUAGGCUACUUCUGCAGCUCCCUGUACAGACAGCCACGCCGCGACCCGACCACCGUUGUCUGCCACCCGGGGGAGAUUCUGUUGGUGGACGGAGACUCGGCAGUCUGCCGGAGUUUGACGGACAGAGCUGACCUGUGUGGGCCUGGGUUCAAGCCCCGUUCCAGACGUGAUGGGAGCAUUGUGUGUGCGGCCAGUAGUAAACCUUUGCUGGAGUGCCCUGAAGGGUUCUAUCUUUCCGUCUCUGGUGGCCGAUCUGAAUGUGUUCCGUCGCAGCCUCACCUUGACCUCUGCAGUGAUGAGGAGUUUGUGAAGCUGUUCGGUAAUCAGGUCAACUGCUCUGCUGGAAACUUGUCCGCCAUUCUCGUCCCAUGUGAGGAAGGAUACGAAGUGGAAGACGUUGUAGACGAUGGAGAAGAAGGGCCAUUAUGUAAGCUUACAGACUAUGUGGAAGUCGUCUGCGAAGAGGAAAACAGUGACCAACAUCACAUCCCUUCCUGUAGAACGCAGUCUGUCAAGUCAUGUGACCAAGAUACGACGUCCGGUUCAAGACCUGGUUGUAAAGAAUUAUUAGAGAUGGCGCUGUCAGGCUGCCAGCCUCAGUGCGCCAGUGGAGGACGGUGUGUGGACGGCAAGUGUGUGUGUCCGCCCGGUGUCACAGGGGGAGCUUGUGAAGAAGACAUUAACGAAUGCCAAGAACUCCCGGAGAACUUUUGUGAAAAUGAUUGCGUCAACACGUUUGGAAGCUUUGAGUGUACAUGUCCUUUUGGCUCAACUCUGAACAAUGAUAGGAGAACUUGCAAAGUGAUUGACUGUGUGCCUGAUUGUCUGAACGGCGGUGUGUGUGAGCAAGGCACAUGCACGUGUCCCCCGGGGCUCACUGGAGACUACUGCCAUCUAGAUGUGGAUGAGUGCACUAGCGGAGACCACCACUGCGAGGCUCUGUGUCGCAACACGUUUGGAAGUUACGGCUGUGUCUGUCCGCCAGGGUCAAGACUGUCUGAGGACAGGAGAACUUGUACCAACACCACGUGCAUCCCUGAGUGUCGACACGGAGGUCGGUGUGAAAACCACGUAUGUCAGUGUCCGCCGGGCUUCUACGGACUGGUCUGUCAGCUGGACGUGAACGAAUGUCGCACUGACAAACACAACUGUACACACAGUUGCACCAACACAUACGGCUCCUACGUGUGCUCGUGUCCAUCUGGCUUUGUCCUGGCAGAAGACAGACGAACAUGCGUUUUUCCAGGCAGCAUCCAUCAAUGAAUAAAAAUAGCAAGGAG